AUGAUUCACCAAGCGCACCAGCCAUGGGUCGCCAUCUCCGCUAAGCGCCCGGGCCUCUGGCGCCCCGCGGACGCCGCCAUGCCGUCCGCCAAGGCCGCCAGCCCCGGCGCCAAGCCGCUAUCGCGCGGGCGUUGGCGGUCGGUGGGCGAGCGGUGGACGUGCGGCGCGAUGGCGGCGGCGCAGAUGGGCGUCGCGCUGCUGCUGUUGGCGGUCGCCGCCACCUCGCUGCUCCUCCUCGGCUGCAUCCGCCUCCCCAACCGCCAGGUGCCCCGCGCUCUCCCCUUUCUCCCCUCCCCUUCCCCUCUCUUCCACCCUCCCUUCCCCUUCGUCUCCCCCCACCCUCCCCCUCUCCCUCUCCCCGGCCACCCUCCUCCAAUGUGUGCUCCGCACGUUGAUCUGCGGCAGGCGGGGUGGAGUGUGGAGCUGCCGCACGAGCCACACGAGCCCAGCGCCAACUGCUCCUCCACCAACCCCACCGUCGUCGUCAAGACGAAUCUAUGGUACUCGGACCGCCCGUUCCACGUGCCGCCAGUGUUCCCCCUGUGCACCAUGGACGCCUGCUUCAACUUCUCGCGCUGCCCCUCCCCACCCGCCCACGAGCCCCUCGUGUACUCCUACUGGCCCGGCACCAAGUACUUUGCCACAUUCAACACCACCAGGUGGCACACAGACGACCCAGGCAAGGCGUGUUUCUUCUUUGUGUUCCUGUCCGCGGGGCAGCCCCGCCACUUCAAGGACCUGCCCUUCUGGGGCGAGGACGGCCACAACCACGUGCUCAUCAGCUUCUCGGACAACUGGAGCGGCCCACCGGCGUGGAGUGUGGGCAAGGCGGCGCUCAUGCUCACAGCAGCGCACCUCACCGUGCACCGCGCAGCCUUCGACGUCUCGCUGCCGCUGCCGCCCACCUGGAAGCGCCACGCUGCCGGCCUGCGGCCACUGCCGGUGGGGAAGCGGCGGUACCUGGUGACGUUCAUGGGCACGCGCUACCUGGGCUCCAUGCACGGCAGCUUCCGUAGCUCCAACGAGUUCAAGGCGCUGCACAACGGGAGGGACAUCAUUGUUGUCACUCAGUGCGGGGGCUCCACAAACCGGCGCAUAAUCUCGGAGGACCCGUCGCUGCUGCCCGAGUGCAACGCGGACUUGGCGCUCUUCCGCACCUUCUCCUACCCCGCCCUCAUGAACACCUCCUUUGCCCUCGUCCCCGCUGGCCGCCAGGCCUCCACCUACCGCUUCAUCGAGGCGCUGACGGCUGGCGCGAUACCAGUGGUGGUGGCGGACAACUGGAAGCUGCCGUUUGAUGACAUCAUCCCAUGGCACCGCUGCCUGCUCGUCUUCCCCACCCACCUGCUCUCCCGCAUCGAACCCACCAUACGCGCCAUCACCCCGCUCCCAUCUCACUCAUCCCUCCCAACCCACCCCUACCCCUCAUUCUACAUGCAGCAAGCAGCGGAGACGCGGCGGCAGCGCUAUGUGUCGAUAUUUGAGGAGUAUCUAGCAUCAGAUGGCAUUCGCAUGCGCUCUGCAUGCCAAUCUCUCACCCCUCUUGUACCCAUGAACCCUCUCAUCCCCCUCACCUCCCUCAUCCCUCUCAUCUGA